UGCUACCCCACAUGGUGGGGAUUCGUGAUUGGGCGGUCUUCUACAAACGCUUUGGGCCGAAGGUCCCGUCUAGUUGACGGGUUUCCAAGAAGAAAGCUCCAGUGCCUGCCUUUCACCAGGCUAUUGCAUCGGCAGGGAUGCAAUUUACUUUGGCUGAGUCCGUCUGUGAGGGUCGUACUGAAGCUCCGUCAACGAGGGAUUACCCCGCUCAGAGCGUUGCUGUACGGGAUGAGAUCUCUUCCCGGCCUGUCUGCCACCUUUUAGACGAGUCAUCUAAUGGAGAGGAGUCGCCAUCGAGAAAGAGGCAAAGAAUGGAUCUUGGGAAGGCCGUCGUCACCGGUAUUGAACCGAGGAAAACCAUUGCUCCGGGAGCGGCGCCCGCACUUGUGCCAAACGCAGGGGCCGUAUUUAUGGCGGUUGCUAUUAUGGUGGGGAGGUCCUCUAUGGCUAAGGGAGUACAUGAAGGCGGGGAGCCUGUACGGACCGCAAAAGGUGGCGCGUUGUCGGCAACCGGAGGAGAUGGAGCGGUACUUGUGGGGGACGACGGUUCAGGCUCGGACAUCGAUCUUAAAGAGGUGUGGGCCUUCUUGGAGAGGAAAACUCGUGUGGAAGUGAGGACGGAGGGUCCUAACCGGCACGUAAUCAUUCCCAUGGGUUAUGAACUUUUGGCUAACUCUGAACGGGUGGUGUCGUCCUUUGCCCCUUUGUGCGCGGCUUCUGAGAACACAGCGCUACAGACGAUGAGUGAUGCAGAGCAAUCGCUGAGUAUUUCUAGCAUGGCUUUGCGAGUAAGUGUUUUUUAAUGUUAGGGUUUGUUUCACUU